AUGGAGAUCCUGAGCCCGUCGCCGCCGCCCAGCCCGGCGAGGAACCAGUUCGUCUACGGCGGCGCCGGCGCGCUCCUGCGCCGCGACCAGGCCGGCGCCGGCGCGCUGCUCCACGUCGCCGUCGGGAGGUCGCCGGAGAAGACGCUGCCGCUGCUGCGCUGGGCGUUCCGCCGCUUCGCCUGCGCGCGCGUCGCCCUCGUCCACGUCCACCAGCCCUCCCCGGUCAUCCCCACCCUCCUGGGGAAGAUUCCGGCGGCUCAGGCGACGGAGGAGCUGGUGCUGUCGCACCGCAGGUCCGAGAGGGACGAGAGGAACCGGAUCCUCCUCGCCUACCUCGCCUUCUGUCAAAGGGCGCAGGUGCAGGCAACUGUUCUUGUAACAGAGAACGAACAGAUCAACGACGGCAUCGUCGCCUUGGUCAGGGAUCAUGGGGUCACAAAGCUUGUCAUGGGUUCUAUACCGGAUAAUUGCUUCAAGUUAAAGGCAGGCCACAACAAGGAAUAUUUUAUGGCAAAGAACGCUCCAGCAUUUUGUGAAAUUUGGUUUGUAUGGAGAGGAAGACACAUCUGGACCAGAGAAGCAAGCGCAGCGAUUGGCAACAGCAUCUCAAUCUACAACCAAGAUGAUACUAUGAUGACCAGAAAGAGGACUAGGUUCAGCCCAAAUAGCAACGACGCUGAACCCGUGCUUGCUGAAGGCACUGAAUCAGAUAAUGGUCGAGUGAACCAUUAUGGAGCUCUUGGAGCUGAUGCCAGCCGUUUCUACAAUAUGAGAAUAUCAAAUUUACAUGAUGCAGAAUCUGCAUUCAACUCAACCCUCUGGCCUGAUUCCUCCGUACUUGAGGGAGCAUUGCAGUUACAUUCUAAGGUGGCCCUUCUGCUUCAUUUCUAUUUUACUAGUUUUGUACUUGGAGUUGAUCUUACUGUGUUAAAACUUAAAGUUAAUGAUAUCUAUCAGGAAAUGUUGGAUGCAAAUCUCAAGCAAGUCAUGGUUGAAGCUGAGGGAUCUAGGAAGGAAGCUUUUCUUGAGCUUCUCAGGCGCAAAGAAAUAGAGUCAAAAGUGGCCAGUGCUUUUGUCAGGGUAAAAGCUUCUGAGUCUUCUAAAAAACGAGAAAUGAAAAUAAGGGAGGAACUUGAAGGUUUAUUUGUAGCCGCAAGAAAGCAGCAUGAAGAUCUGGCAAGAAGUAAAGAAAAAGCUACAGCUGUGUUGGACUCUUCUAUGAGAAGAUUAGACAUCCUAGAUGCUCGUGCUAAAAACAUGAGCCUUCGGAUGGAUGAAGUUGUGGCGGAGCUCGAGGUGAUUCAAUCUUCCAUAAAUAUUCUCAAGCAGGAAAGAUCAAAGGCUCAUAAGAAAGAAGAUAGACAUACCAACCAUGUCAAAGAAGGGUGCACAUACAGCCAUUCCAAGUUGCCGAACUGCAGUUCAAUUGCUCUUGGUGAUGAUCCAUACACCUAUAGACAAUUGACACUGUUAGAUGUGCAAGCUGCAACAUGUAAAUUCUCAGAGAGCUUCAAAUUACGUCCAAGAGGUCAUGGGUGCAUUUACAAAGGAAAAAAUAUGAACAGGAGUGUGAUGAUUCAUAGGUUGCACUCAGAUAGCAAGAGCUCGAUGCAAUUCCAGCGGAAGGUGUACAUCCUAAACAAAGUGAGGCACCCUCAUCUAGUGACAUUGGUUGGGGUAUGCCCAGAGGCACUCUGUCUUGCCUAUGAAUAUCCGAAAAAUGGGAGCCUUCAUGACCAUCUCUUUGGCGAACUCAACAGUGCCCCACCGUUGCCAUGGAAAAUCCGUGCACGCAUUGUGGCGGAGAUCUCGAGUGCCCUGCUGUUCCUGCAUUCAUGUAAACCACAAGUGAUGGUUCAUGGUGGCCUGAAUCUCGAGAACGUCCUUCUAGAUUCCGACUUCCACUGCAAGAUAGCCGAUUUCGGUACAUUGACAGAGGAAGACUCGAAGGAUCAUCCAGCGUUGGAUUCUAGACUGCUGGCACAUAAGUCUGAUAUCAACUCCUUUGGUACCGUGAUAAUGCAGCUACUAACUGGUAAACAGGCUGGUAGUCCAGGCCUUGCUAGCGAAGUAAGGCGCGCUCUGUCCUGCGGAAAGCUGUCGUCGAUCUUGGAUCCAAUGGCUGGGGAGUGGCCAAUGGAGGCGGCCCGGCGGCUGGCGGAAUUUGGGCUCGAGUGCAUUGGAGAUAGACCGGAGCUGACUCCGGACACGGUACGAGAACUGGAGCAGCUGCAUCUGAUCAGGGGGCGGCAAGUACCGUCCUUCUUCCUGUGCCCAAUUCUCAAGCAAACCAUGGAUGAUCCUCAGGUGGCCGCGGACGGGGUGACGUACGAGGGGCGCGCUAUUCGUGAGUGGAUCGAGGAUGGCCGGGCCGUGGCCGACCUGAAGCUGAAGCACCUCGACCUCACCCCCAACCACGCCCUCCGGUUCGCCAUUCAGGACUGGCUCUCUCAGCCUCAAUGGUGA